AUGAGCGACCUAGACAGGGCCAUCAGUGACCUACGCGCAUGCAAGAUCAUUCCCGAAGCACAUGUCAGGGAAAUAUGUCACAAAGCGCGGGAAUUGUUGAUAGAAGAGGCGAACGUGGUACAAGUCGAUGCCCCCGUCACAAUAUGUGGAGACAUACAUGGACAAUUCCACGACCUCAUGGAGCUCUUCAGAGCUGGUGGUGAUGUUCCCGAUACGAAUUACCUUUUCAUGGGCGACUUCGUUGACCGAGGCUUUUACUCGCUGGAAAGCUUCAUGCUCCUUCUAUGCCUCAAAGUACGAUAUCCCGACCGCAUCACUUUGAUACGGGGAAAUCAUGAAUCACGACAGAUAACGACGGUCUAUGGAUUCUACGAUGAAUGUCACAGGAAGUACGGGAGCGCAAAUGUCUGGAGAUACUGUUGCGACGUGUUUGACUACUUGGCAUUGGGAGCAUUAGUUCUUGGGACGAGCUCGAACUUGGAGCCCGCACCCAUUGACCCUGCACAAGAUGUUGAUGAGGUGGAUGAGAAUACGGAGGUAGAGAUUAUUGACUUUCGGAACGGCAAGCACAUCGUGAGAGAACGACAUGCACGGAGGUUCAUAUCGAGAGGACCUGACGCUUUGGGCUCUUCGCCGCCCACAUCACCGCCUCUGAGAGCUAAGAAAGCCGAUACUGGGUCAAGAGCAAGGUCGAAGAACAGUGGAGGAGCAGUGUUAUGCGUUCACGGAGGCCUGAGCCCGCUCAUCGACUCGGUGGACCGGAUACGGCAGAUAGAUCGCAAGCAAGAGGUACCACACGAGGGAUCUAUGUGCGAUCUACUAUGGAGUGACCCGGAUGAUAUCGAUGGUUGGGGUUUGUCGCCCCGAGGGGCAGGCUUCUUGUUUGGCGGAGACAUUGUCAAGAGAUUCAACCACAUCAACGAUCUCUCCCUCAUUGCAAGAGCGCACCAAUUGGUCAUGGAAGGAUACAAGGAAAUGUUCGACUCGCAGAUAGUCACGGUGUGGUCAGCCCCGAAUUACUGCUACCGUUGUGGAAACGUUGCGUCCAUCCUGGAGCUGGGAGAAGAUACCACAACUGGUGGAAUCAUUGCAAGGAACAAUGGAGAUGUCGCAAGAAGUCUUGCUGCCGCACCUGCCAAUAGUGCACCAAAACAGGGUCCUGGAAGAAGAUAUAGAGUAUUCGAUGCCGCGCCGCAAGAUCCGAGGGGGAUGCCGGCGAAAAAGCCAGUGGCUGACUAUUUCCUGGUGAGAUUGGUGCCUUGCUGCAUUUUAUGGGUGAAAGCAUGCUAA